UCCUGUUAGUGCAGUUGCAAGUUUUCAAUAUGAACGAGAUUAUAAAGAUAUACUAACGCCGUUUGCUUUUUCUUUUGUUAAAUCUCAGCUUGAUGAAUCUGUCAGCAUAGAUUGGGACUUAGCAAAUAAAAUUAUACAAACUUCUGGAAAAGUGAAACACGAUCUGAGAACACCUGCGAUUGUUUAUUUACAAAGUCGAUGGGUUUGCCAUGCAAACACAUGUUUGCAGCUAGAAGAGCAAAAAAAUUACAAAUGUUCUCUGAAAAUUGCAUUGCUCCUAGAUGGUUUAAGGAAACAGUGCAGAAAAAUCAUUGCGUUUUUCUAACAAAGGAGCAACAUGAUAGCCAUAUAAAAUUUGCUAAGCUAAAGGAUAAACCCUUGACCCACAUAGAAAAGUACCGUCGUGCUAAUCGACUUGUACAGCAUCUAUCUGAUUUAGCAGCAGAAGGUGGAUCAUCACAGUUUGAAUGUAGAAUGAGGGUCUUACAAAAUUUAGCAAGUAUUUGGGGUUCUAAUAAUGAAGCUAUGGUAACUUCAAUUCAACACCAUUUUGUUGAUUUUAAUAUACAAAACGGAUGUUCCAAGUUGGAAAUUGAAGAUGAUAUAUUUCGGUCUGAACUGCGUGAAAGAAAAUUUGAAAUGACAGAUUCAAGUGAGGAAGUUGUUGAAGUUGUUAAUGUUGAAAAAAAUGACAAAAGCAAUUUUCAUCCAAACUCUAGAUUUGAAAGACCAGGUUGCAGUGGUGAAGUUGAAAGCAAUACAGUACAAAACUCUAUAUUUGAAAGACCAGGUUGCAGUGGUGAAGUUGAAAGCAAUACAGUACAAAACUCUAUAUUUGAAAGACCAGGUUGCAGUGGUGAAGUUGAAAGCAAUACAGUACAAAACUCUAUAUUUGAAAGACCAGGUUGCAGUGGUGAAGUUGAAAGCAAUACAGUUCAAAACUCUAUAUUUGAAAGACCAGGUUGCAGUGGUGAAGUUGAAAGCAAUACAAUACAAAACUUUACAGUUUCUUGUGAAGGGAUUAUAGAAGUCAGAAAGGAAACUGAAAAACAGAUUAAAGAAAUCAUAAGUCUCAAUCAGAUGGACUGUUUAAGUAAAUCAAAAAAUCUAUUAUGUGAAACUUCUAAAAUACCUGAGUCCCAACUUGAUUUAUCCCAAAUUCAUUUUCCAUCAAAGUUUAUAUCACGAGGGCGUCCUAAGUCAAAAGGGAAAAAAAAUGCUGUUGGACUGCGUAAAGUUUCGAAGAUCUGUUUGCCUUAUGAACAGAAGACCGUUAAAGAAAAAGUUCAUCUUUUGCUGCGGCGUCUGCUGAAAGGUGGAAGACCUAAAGAUGUUACGGUUGUUACACCUGCUGAUAUUGCAGACCUGAAUUUAGAAGCUAAAGAUCUUCCAUCAGCUCUAAUGAAUGAAAUAGUAGUUUUAGAAAUUCUUAAGCCAUUUCUUACAAAACAAGCAUGGAAGAUUUUAAGAGCUUCUUUUUUAAGACGCAAAAAAAUGAAAACGUGGAAUUGCCCGAUUUGUCUACUCAAUGCUCCCACAGAAUCAAUUGAGUGUAGCAGUUGUCUUGAGUGGUACCACUUUAAUUGUGUCAAGGUGACAUCCAAGAUAACUAAAAAUUGGUACUGUGGUACUUGUUUGUUAAAUGUGGAAACUUAAAAUUUAUCGGUAGUUAAAGUAGGCUAUUUAACAAAUUUAACAAUAAACUUCAUUUCUCAAGAUUCUUUUUUUAUUAAUGUUCACUGUAAUAUUGGAAAAAGUUUUUAAAACUUAUUUAUGUAUAUUUAUCAUUACUAUUUAUGAAAUAUCUAUGAAAGAAUUAAUACUUA